AUGGGCAGUGCAUCCCAUUUGCUGGCCACGCUUGGCGUUGGUGACCCAUCACCGGCCGAGUGGUGCCAAAUCUUCUUCAUUUUCAGUGCGGCCAACAUCUUCAUGCUCGCCGUAGUCCCGGAGCAUAUGCGCAGGGCCUUGCUAGACUACGGUGCAAGGAGGGUGAAGCCCAGUCAACCGUCCGAGAAGGCCAAGGAACCGGAGCCCACUCAGGGGGUUUUCGACGUCCUGACAAGUUAUGGCCAGCUACCUCAUUCAUGGUUCAUACAUUUCUACAUCACAUCGUUGUCAUGGUCCAUUUUCUGGGGCCGGCAGUUCUUGUCCAAGGGGUCGUGGAUGCGGAGCAUGGCCGAGAUGCAACACUUGUCUGCAGUCGAGAGUCAAUCACCAGAGGUUGGUCUCACUGGGACACUGGUGGCAUGGCUAUUGAUGAGCUCUCAGGGAGCAAGGAGGCUUUUUGAGUGUAUCUUUGUCACCAAGCCCGGCUCAUCUCCCAUGUGGUUUGUCCACUGGGCUCUUGGACUGGCCUACUACACAGCAUUGAGCGUCUCCGUCUGGAUUCACGGCUCAGGAGCAAUUCUUCAAUCGUGGGAGAACCCGCAGCCAAUUCACUUCACACCACAAAUCAUCAUUGGGGCGGCCGUCUUUGGAUUCGCGGGUGCUCAGCAGCACCAAUGCCACAGCUACUUGGCAGGACUCAAGAAAUAUACGCUUCCCAACGAGGGCUGGUUCAAAUACUUCAUUUGCCCCCAUUACACAUUCGAAUGCCUACUCUACUUGAGCCUUUCCGUCGUUGCGGCACCGGCAGGAUGCAUCUUGAACAGAUCUGUCCUGUGCUCGUUGAUCUUCGUCUUGGCAAAUCUCGGCGCGACGGCAUAUGGAACGAAAGCUUGGUAUGCCGGCAAAUUUGGGGCGGACAAGUUGGUGGGAAAAUGGAUCAUGAUCCCCUUUGUAUUCUAG